GAUCGAGUACGAGCCGCUGUGCGCACCCAGCGCGUUGCGCAUCUUGAUGCUGCUCGGCAGCCGCGAGCACACCACGGGUCCACGCUCGGUCGGGGCCAAUGCGCCCCACUGCAGGGGGUACGGCGUGAUGUUGUGUUGGCCGGGAUACGUCGUCAGGUUGACACGCCCGGGGUACAGCACACGCUCGCGCUCCUUCUCUUUGGUGGUGACGUCGGAGAGGAUGUGAUGCAGCGGCACAGAGGAGACCGAGCUAGGGGAGGUCCCCAGAUCGCCGAUCUUGUCCGAGCUCGAUGAGACCGACCUGCCCGCCGGGACGCUGAUAGGCCUGGUGCCGUUGCUGGGGAGCGCGGGGCCUCCAUUCGUCUUGUUCGCACCCGUCAACCAGAUCCGACGACAUGGUGGUUACGAAGCAAGUCGUGUAUCGCACGUGUCGUAUCGCUAGACUUUGGCUUGUGUAUACAUAUCACGGCGAAUCUUGCCUACAUAAUCGCACAGAACGGCCAAUACAUCAGGCGUCACACAGAAUUGGCGGGAAACCCGUACUUUAUUGGGCAUCUCAAUAUACACUACACUACUGCUUGA